AUGAGCAAGUUUUUCUGGGAUGCCGGGCGCGAAGAAGGUUCACUACAAGGCCCUCUCCUCAACGCACCGCGCAAGAGAUGCCGCGAAGAGAAUUACGCGAUAGACGCCUAUCCUCGGCACCUGCCCCCGCAUGUGCGAGUGCAGGUUGCAUGGGAGAACACCACCACUUUCGUUUCCCUUCGUGGACACGUGUUGGAUCCGCACGGCUGCUUUAACUCGGGUGAGUUCCCCGGCCUGGCCUUUUUUUACAACCCUGUGGUGGCGUGUGUUGCCUCUGGGACCGUCACACUGCAUUUGGACAACAGCGCGUCGGCCACGGAGCGGAUCCUGCGCGAGGAGCGACCACUCCCGUGCCCCGUCCACGGACCGUUCCGCUGCCCUUGCCACAUUAUGCACGAGGCGGCAGACGGUGUUGCUCAGCUGCUUCGCGAGAUCUUCUGUCAACACUCACCGUUCGACGUUUCUAUCGACUGCCACCGACCCUAUCCGCACAUUUCCAUUGACAGCCAAGCAAGGACGUGGUCGGUAUCACUGGUGGGACUACCGCUCCCCCCUAAAUCGUUCGGGCCGUUUCCAUUGGGCAACAUCACCUCUCCGCAGUCCAUCAAAAUCUACUGGUUCCAGUACAUUGAAAAGAGCAAGGUGAUCGAGGACGCCUGCGUCAUGUGCGGGGUCGUGUCAGGGAUUCAUUGCUCCAGGUGCCUGUGUCGUCUGUGCCAGCGCUGCGGGGAGCACUGCGCCAACUGUGGGAGCUACGUCUGCCGUGGCUGUUCCACCGCUGGUGAAAACGGCACUACCAUCUGCUACAACUGCCCCCGCUAA